AUGAAGGGUUGGGGCCUCCCGUGCGACGAGUUCACUUACGUAAGCCUCUUCGGCGCCUCUGCCUCCUUGGAGAGCCCGAGGCUGGGACGGCAGCUCCAUUGCGCCGUGAUCAAGAGAAGCUAUGAUAGGAACGCAUUCGUGGGCAACUCGGUGGUCGACAUGUACUGCAAGUGCGGUGAACUGGGCAGCGCAAUGCGGCAGUUUGAGCUCAUCCCUGACCGCGACGUCGUCUCUUGGAAUGCGCUCAUGGUGGGGCAAGUCCACAGCGGAUGCGAGCAGGAGGCUCUGUGCACGUUUUGCGGCCUGAGAGGCGAUGCCGUGGAGCCCGACGCUGUCUCCUUUGGCACCGUGAUCAGUGCGUGCUCGAGCACCGGAGCAUUCGAGGUGGGGAAGCAAGCCCACUGCCUGGCCGUGAGACUUGGGCUCGAGUCGAACACCUGCGUCGGGAGCUCCCUAGUCGACAUGUAUGGAAAGUUUGGGGAGAUGGAGUCCGCGAGAAGGGCCUUCGCGCUGAUUCAUGAACGAAGCGAGGUCUCCACGAACGCUCUUAUAGCGGGUUAUGUCCAGAAUGACAAUGCGGAUGAAGCCGUGUGCUCCUUCCGGCGGAUGCUGAGACAAGGCUUGAGGCCCUCGCCGUUCACCUUCGCGAGCGUCCUGCCUGCCUGUGCUGACUCUUCUUCUGCGUCGAGCAUGGGAAGACAGCUGCAUAGCCAGGCGCUGAAGUCUGGUUCUCUACACGGCGACGUCUAUGUGGAGGUGGCCCUCCUGACGACCUACCUGAAAUCCCGGCGCCCGGAGGACGCCGUUAGGCUGUUCUCGGAGGUGCCCGGAGAAGACAAGUGGGGCCUGAUAGUGUGGACGGCCAUCAUCUCCGGGCACGCCCAGAACGGCUAUUACGAGGAUGCCAUCUCCCUGUUCUGGAAGAUGCACAACCACGGCGUUCUGCCCGACCAAUCCGCCUUCGCGAGCGCCCUGGGGGCUUGCGCUGACUUGGCUUCUCUGCGGGAUGGAGGAGCGGUCCACAGUCUGCUGGUGAGAUCCGGCUUCGUCUCCGACGAGUACACCGGCAGCGCACUGGUGGACAUGUACUCCAAGUGCGGAGACAUCAGCUCGGCGGUUAGAGCGUUCGAGGAGGUGAAGAAGAACAAGGGGGACCCCAUCUCCUGGAACUCCAUGAUCGCGGGGCUUGCGAAGAACGGUCUCGCGGAGGAAGCGCUGGCCAUCUUCCAGCAGAUGUGCGACUUUGGUGUCGACCCGGACGAGGUCACCUUCCUCGGAGUUCUCACGGCCUGCAGCCACGCCGGGCUCGUCUCAGAAGGUCGCCGGCUCUUCGACUCCAUGGGGAGGAAAUACGGAUUGACUCCGAGGGCCGACCACUACGCCUGCUUGGUCGAUCUUCUCGGCCGCGGUGGGCACCUCGAGGAAGCGGAGGCGCUGGUUCGGAAGGGGCUGCCCUUCGAGCCCGACGGCGUCAUCUGGGCCACUCUUCUCUCUGCCUGCAGGGUUCAUGGGGACGGCGCGAGGGGCGGACGAGCGGCGGCGGAGCUGAUGAAGGUGGAUCCUCGGGUGUCUUCUCCCUACGUGUUGCUGUCCGGGCUGUGCGCAGGGUGGGGAAACUGGGAGGGGGUGAGAGCGCUGAGAGGGGCCAUGAAGGAGAGAGGAGUGAGGAAGGCGGCGGGGAGGAGCUGGAUUACGGUGGGGGAGGAGACCUGCGCCUUCGUCGCCGGGGACAAGUUCCACCCCGAUGCGGUCGGCAUCUACUCCGUGCUCGAUGAUCUGAGCGCCGCGAUUCAGGAGGACGAGGGCCGCGCCGGCGUGGAAGACUGA